CUCCUCCCUCCUGGGCGGGGAGAGUGGACAGGAGAUAAAAGGGAGACCCGGGCCAGCUGGGUAUUGCCGGGAGCCGCUGGGGCUGGGAGCAAGGUCUGGCCGGAGGACGGCAGUGAAGUGCGGGCCGGGGGUCCAGGAUGGGGCUGCUGGUGCUGGCCCUGGCCACCUGGCUGGGGCUGGGGCUAGCCUCGGCCUCCGAGGGGGUGGCCAACAGCAGCCGGCUCUGCCAGGAGGCGCCGGCAUGGAGCGUCAAUGGCCUGAGCCCCAUGGCAGGGGCGGCAGGGCAGGUGACGGUGGUGGCCCUGCUAAAGGCCAGCUGACACUUCUGCCUGCAGCAGGCCCACAGCCUUGGGGGCCUGCGGGACAGGCUGGUCCGGCAGGGCACGGCCGAUGUCCGCUACAUGAUCGUCAACGAGAAGGCGCCGCUCUCCCGCGCCAUGUUCAGGGAGCUGGAGCGCCAGGCACCGUCGGGCGUCCCCGUCUUCCAGCCAGAGCUGGACGAGCCCGACAUCUGGCAGGUCCUGGGGGGCGACAAGGACGACUUCCUCAUCUACGACCGGUGUGGCCGCCUGGCUUUCCAUAUCCAGCUGCCCUACAGCUUCCUCCACUUCCCCUACGUGGAGUCAGCCAUCCGCUUCACCCACAGCAAGGACUUCUGUGGCAACUGCUCCCUCUACCCCAACACCACCCAGGAGGCUAACAGUACCAUGAGCCCGCUUCCUGAACAAGAGGGGAAGGAGUCAGAGACCCCCAUCCACCAGCACAACCCUCUCCAUCCUCACCACCACCACGUGGUCAGCAGCGAGAGAGCUACAGACCCAAGUGGGGACCGUGAACCUCCCGCCCGCGCUCACCACCACCACGGAGACCACGGCCAGCUGCAUCCCAAGGGGCAGAAACAGAAGGAGGGAAAUAAGCGCUAAGCCAGGCCGGGCAGCCCUGCAGAAGAACCCUGUAGUGUGCAGACCAUGACAACUCGCUUCCCAGAGGCAUGAAAGGACUUGCUUUGGGCUGCUGGUCACCAGUAGCGUUGGUAUAACAACCCGCUCCAGCAUCCCCCAUGUGGGUCAUACUCCCACGCUGUGACCAGGGAUGAAAAUCCCCCUCAGACCCCACGAGGUGCUGCAUUUUCAGCCCCAGGGCUCAGUUCUGAGCCGCCUUCUGCUGCCGCCUGCCUUUCCGUGCUCAAUGAAGCCCGCCGUGCAAACCAGGAUGUCCCUGGUCACUGCUGGCUGACACUGCACGGAGCAGCAGGGCAGGGAUGGAGACACCAGAACUGGGACGGGAGCAGCACUGCCAGCACGCUCUGCCUGUCCUGGCACCCCUGGGUGUCCUGGCUGAGGAGCGAGGGGAGGAACAGCGUGUACCCCAUGGGAUGUGAUCCCAGGGGACGGGAGCGUUAGGAGCAGUAGGAGGUCGCAGCUCUCCAUGGUCCAAACCCUGUGCCCCCAUAGCUGUCACAUCCUGGGGACCCUCCAGGCCUUGCACACGGGUAUGUGCAGUGGUGAUGGGUGGCCGCAAGAUGGUGGCCUUGUUCCCUCUUGGAGACCUAGGGGCUGCAUCCAGGGCCCACAGCCCUGGGAGGACGGGGAUGGGGAUCCUGGGGUCUCUCCUGGAGAAGUGAGAUGGGAGGGCGAUGCGGAUGUCCAGAGUACAAAUAAAACCUCUGUGAAGCGAA